CUCCUAAGAUGGCUGCCGCGACCGGUGCCGUGGCAGCUACGACUGCCUCAGCGCAGGCGGAAGGGAAAAAGAUCACGGAUCUGCGCGUCAUCGAUCUGAGGUCCGAGUUGAAGCGACGGAACUUAGACUUCACCGGGGUGAAGACGGUGCUGGUCUCCCGACUCAAGCAGGCUAUUGAAGAGGAAGGAGGCGAUCCAGAUAAUAUUGAAUUAACUGUUUCAACUGAUACUCCAAACAAGAAACCAACCAAAGGCAAAGGUAAAAAACACGAAGCAGAUGAGUUGAGUGGAGAUGCUUCUGUGGAAGAUGAUGCUUUUGUCAAGGACUGUGAGUUGGAGAAUCCAGAGGCACAUGAACGAGAUGGGAAUGAUGAACUAAAGGACUCUGAAGAAUUUGGUGAAAAUGAAGAGGAAAAUAUGCAUUGCAAGGACUUGCUUUCUGCAGAGGAGUACAAGGAAGCUCAUGAAUUAAUAGAGGCAGAACCUGAUAGAGAAAAAGAGGACAUCGAAAGUCAGGAAAUCGAAGCCCACGAAGGUGAAGAUGAUACCUUUCUUACAGCCCAAGAUGGUGAGGAAGAAGAGAGUGAGAAAGAUAUAGCAGGUUCUGGUGAUGGUACACAAGAAGUAUCUAAACCUCUUCCUUCAGAAGGGAACCUAGCUGAGGCUGAUCACACAGCUCACGAAGAGAUGGAAGCUAAUGCGACUGUGAAAGAAGCUGAGGAUGACAACAUCUCGGUCACAAUCCAGGCUGAAGAUGCCAUCACUCUGGAUUUUGAUGGUGAUGACCUCCUAGAAACAGGUAAAAAUGUGAAAAUUACAGAUUCUGAAGCAAGUAAGCCAAAAGAUGGGCAGGACGUCAUUGCACAGAGCCCGGAGAAGGAAACCAAGGAUUAUGAGAUGAAUGCGAACCAUAAAGAUGGUAAGAAAGAAGACUGCGUGAAGGGUGAUCCUGUCGAGAAGGAAGCCAGAGAAAGUUCUAAGAAAGCAGAAUCUGGAGACAAAGAAAAGGAUACUUUGAAGAAAGGGCCCUCGUCUACUGGGGCCUCUGGUCAAGCAAAGAGCGCUUCAAAGGAAUCUAAAGACAGCAAGACAUCCUCUAAAGAUGACAAAGGAAGUACAAGUAGUACUAGUGGUAGCAGUGGAAGCUCAACUAAAAAUCUCUGGGUUAGUGGACUUUCUUCUAAUACCAAAGCUGCUGACUUGAAGAACCUCUUUGGCAAAUAUGGAAAGGUGUUAAGUGCAAAGGUGGUUACAAACGCUCGUAGUCCUGGGGCAAAGUGCUACGGCAUUGUGACGAUGUCCUCCAGCACAGAGGUGUCCAGGUGUAUUGCACAUCUGCAUCGCACUGAGCUGCAUGGACAGCUGAUCUCUGUGGAAAAAGUAAAAGGUGAUCCUUGUAAGAAAGAAAUGAAGAAAGAAAAUGAUGAGAAGAAUAGUUCAAGAAAUUCUGGAGAUAAAAAAACUAUGAAUGAUAGAAGUAACAAGACACAAGCCUCUAUCAAAAAAGAAGAGAAAAGAUCGUCUGAGAAAUCUGAGAAGAAAGAAAGUAAGGAUGCUAAAAAAAUAGAAUGUAAGGAUGAGAAGAAUGAUAGUGGAGCAAGUGGCACAACUUCAGAACCAGUGAAAAGAAGUGAAGAAAAGAAGCGAAUAAGUUCAAAGAGUCCAGGACAUAUGGUAAUACUAGACCAAACCAAGGCAGAUCAUAGUAGGACAUCAAGAAGACGAUACGAGAAAAUUCAUGGAAGAAGCAAGGAAAAGGAGAGGGCUAGCCUAGAUAAAAAGAGGGACAAAGACUACAGAAGGAAAGAGAUCUUGCCUUUUGAAAAGAUGAAGGAGCAAAGAUUGAGAGAACAUUUAGUUCGCUUUGAAAGACUACGACGAGCAAUGGAACUUCGAAGACGAAGAGAGAUUGCAGAAAGAGAGCAUCGAGAGCGAGAACACAUUAGAAUAAUUCGUGAACGGGAAGAACGGGAGCGCUUACAGAGAGAGAGAGAGCGCCUAGAAAUUGAAAGGCAAAAACUAGAGAGAGAGAGAAUGGAACGCGAACGCUUGGAAAGGGAACGCAUUCGUAUUGAACAGGAACGUCGCAAGGAAGCUGAACGGAUUGCCCGGGAACGAGAGGAACUCCGAAGGCAGCAGCAGCAGCUUCGCUAUGAACAAGAGAAAAGGAAUUCUUUGAAACGCCCGCGUGACGUAGACCAUAGGCGAGAUGAUCCUUACUGGAGCGAGAAUAAAAAGUUGUCUCUAGAUACAGAUGCGCGAUUCAGCCAUGGAUCGGACUACUCUCGCCAGCAGAACAGAUUUAAUGACUUUGAUCACCGGGAGCGGGGCAGGUUUCCUGAGAGCUCAGCGGUUCCAUCUUCGUCUUUUGAAAGACGGGAGCGCUUUGUGGGUCAAAGUGAAGGGAAGAAAGCGCGACCAAUUACACGAAGAGAAGACCCGAGCUUUGAAAGGUAUCCCAAAAGCUUCAGUGAUUCCCGAAGAAACGAGCCUCCCCCACCCAGAAAUGAACUUCGAGAAACCGACCGACGGGAGGUGCGCGGGGAGCGAGAUGAGCGGAGAACAGUGAUGCUGCAGGACCGGCCUGACCUCGCGCACCCCAGACACCCUCGCGAGGCCGGGCCCAACCCUUCCCGGCCCAGCUCCUGGAAGAACGAGGGAAGCCUGGCCGCCGACAAGCGAGAAUCCAGAGUUGACAGGCCAGAACGAUCGGGGAGAGAAGUCUCAGGACACAGCGUUCGAGGGGCACCCCCUGGGAGCCGCAGCAAUGCUUCGGGCUACGGAAGCCGAGACGGAGACCGAGGUGUCAUCUCAGAACGGGGAAGUGGAGCCCAGCACUAUCCUGAAGAACGACAUGUUGUUGACCGCCACGGACGGGACACAAGUGGACCAAGGAAAGAGUGGCACGGUCCUCAUUCUCAAGGGCCUAGCUACCAUGAUGCCAGGCGAAUGGGUGAUGGCCGGGCUGGAGCAGGCAUGAUCUCCCAGCACUCAAGUAAUGCAUCUCCAAUUAAUAGAAUUGUACAAAUCAGUGGUAAUUCCCUACCAAGAGGAAGUGGCUCUGGAUUUAAGCCAUUUAAGAGUGGGCCUCCACGGAGAUUUUGAAAACGAGUGCUCUGCCGUGGUUUCAAGAUAAUUUAUUGAAGCUUCACUUGACUACUUACGAAGAGGACCUCUCACCGCUCAAGAAUUUCUGUCCACUUUCUUUUUUUUUUUUUUUCCUUUUAUAAAAAGUUUAACAUGAUUGCUUUUCUCCACUUAGAAAUGUUUGGAUAGUUCUGUUGUAACUUUUCAUAGUUUUGUGUACCAUUCGACUUUUUUUUUUCCUGCAGCACCAACACACACAUUUAGCAAGAUGGAAGGCAAGUGAGUAGUUGGCAGCCUGUGCUAGUGGGUUAUUGUGCAGCCUUAGGUCUGUGGUGUCAGGCUCUAGAGUUUCUCAUCAUCAAGCAUUUCAGCCUUCAUUUUAAAGGCUGGCGAAGCUGAAAAAGUCUUAGAGAAACAAGAUUGUUUCUGCAUUUCUGAGUAUUAUGUAACCUAUUUUUGCAGAAGGUACUGUUACAUUAAGUACAUCUAUGUAUCCUGUUUCAAAGAAAAUGUAACCUUUUUUUGAAAUAAACCUUCCUAUUCUGUAUAGUUGCUAAGGUGUUGAGAAGCUUUUUAAUUGUAAAUUGAGAACCAUUUUCAGAUUAGGGUAGCAGCACAUUUUGUCAGGCUUGCAUGGUAUGAAACCAAAUAGAUGGAUGAAAUCUUGGCCCCGAGCUGUGUAUCACGAGGUUUUUUUUUUAGACUGAGAUGUGCAGGUAAGUGCACUUUUCAGCUAAUCUGCACUGUUUGAUGGAUGAAUUCCAUCUCUGGGAAUUGUGUGGGUAUUAAGGUUUCCAUAUUCCCAACUAUGUUGAGAAGUGGAAAAACAAACAAACCCAGAUUCUAGAUUGGUGAAUCAGUUGGGUUUUGUAAAUACUUGUAUGUGGAAAGACAUUGUUGUCUUUUUGUGAAAAUAAAGGUCCACACCUCAA